CCUCACAGACGCGCCUCAGGCUGCUGGUGUGGCCAACCUGAAGAACCAGCUUUCUUCCGACCUCUGCUUCCUACACCUCUUCCUCUUCCACUCUGGAACAAGAUCGAUUGAGCACUUACUUACUUAAGACUUGCCGCUAUGCCGAGUCUGUUUUGAUGAGUCAGCACUUCGAACUGACAAAGGGAAACUCCCUCACAAGCCAACUUGCCUUUUUCUUGUAGGUUCUCUCUUGUAGGUCCUUGUCCCCUCAUGAUUGACACGCAAAUGGACCUCAGGUGGACUCUGUCAGGUUUGGGCCAUGUGGGUGACGACAAGGCGUUUUUCCACAAAUGGACUUUCAUAGCCGGUUCCUUGAAGGUGGACUUUUGGGGGGACGUGUGAAAAGCUUUCUUUCUAGAGGAGGGCAGUAAACUACAAGCAUGAAGACUUAUCCAGAAAGCAUCGCCUUUCUGGGACAGUUUGGCCGCUUCCAGCAGAUGGUCUUCUUCCUGCUGUGCAUCAGCAUCGUUCCCAAUGGCUUCGGCGCCUUCACGCUCGUCUUCUUAGCGGACACGCCGAGUCACCACUGCCGGGUUCCGGACGUCAACCUCACCGAGGACUGGCGCAGCGCCAUCAUCCCUGUCCGGGUGGUCAACGGCAAGCCGGUGCGCAGCAGCUGCAGCAGGUACCGCCUGGACGUGGUGCGGAACCUGUCGGAUCAGGGAUACAGUCCGGAUCAUGAUGUAAACCUCACCACCCUGGAGGAGGAGACGUGUAAGGAUGGCUGGAUCUACAGCAAGGACGUCUACCAGUCUACCAUUGUCACCGAGUUCGACCUGGUGUGCAACGACAAGUGGAAGAAGCCGUUCACCACCACCAUCUUUUUUGUGGGGAUUCUGGUUGGGUCCUUCUUUGCUGGACAGCUCUCAGACAAGUGCGGAAGGAAACCCGUCCUCUUCGUCACGCUGGCUCUCCAGACCAUUUUCACCUUCAUUCAGGUCUUCUCCGUGUCCUGGUUGAUGUUCACUGUCCUCCUGGUUAUCAAUGGCUUGGGACAGAUGUCCAACUACAUGGCUGCUCUGGUGCUAGGAGCAGAGAUCCUGACGGGCAACGUCCGCCUGCUGUAUUCGUCCUUGGGUACUUGUUUUGGUUUUGCUGCAGGCUACAUGCUGCUGCCUCUGUGUGCCUACUUUGUGAGGGACUGGAAGACUCUCCUGCUGGUGUUGUCUGUGCCCUGCCUGGCCUUCUUCCCUUUCUGGUGGUUUAUCCCAGAGUCUCCCCGGUGGCUUCUCUGCCAGGACCGAGUCGAGGAGGCGGAGGCCAUCGUGAAGAAGGCGGCUAAGAUAAACAAAGUUCAGGCCCCUGGCGCCAUCUUUGAAGGCUACAAUGUGGCCAAGGCCAAGACCGAUCCUAAGGAACCGCAUAGCAUCUUGGACCUGGUCAGGAACGUCGACAUCGCCGCCAUGACUGUCGUUCUCUGCUACGUGGCAUUCACCAUAUCUGCGGGAUACUACGGCAUCUCCUUCAACACCACGCAGCUCCACGACAACACCUACGUCAGCUGCUUCAUCUCGGGCGCCGUGGAGCUGCCGGCGUACGUCUCCAGCUGGCUGGCGCUGCGUUACAUCCCGCGGAGGCUGUCGGUCAUCGCCACCUUGGUGCUCGCCGCCAUUCCGCUGUACCUCAUGCAGCUGGUGCCUGAAGGUUAUUUCGGCCUCUCUCUCUUGUUGGAGAUGGUGGGCAAAUACGCCAUCACCACGGGUUUCGGUCUGAUGUUCGCCUACACCACCGAGCUUUACCCGACGGCACUGCGGAACACGGCAGCCGGGAUCUGCAACACGGUGGCGCGGCUGGGAAGCUGCAUCAUGCCUUACCUGCUGGAGCUUAGGUCCUACUCGAAGUUCCUGCCUUACAUCAUCUUGGGAAGUCUGGCCGUCUUGGCCGCCUUCGCCACCAUUUUCCUUCCAGAGAGUUUUGGACGACCUCUGCCUGAUACCAUGCGCGACAUGCGCAAGAGAGAACGCAUCAACUGUCCCUGCCUCCCAAAAGCCGAGACUCCUGUGGCUGUGUUACUUAUGGACAAUCCCAAAGCAUAACGUGUACUGCAUGUAACUUUUACACUCGCCGUGUAACGGUACCACGUAAUCAUGGCUCGGUACGUACCUCGUUUUUAAGGUCACGGUUGGGUGCAGUUAGAGAACAAAAGACAAAUAAUGUAACGAUAGUUUGCACUUGUAAACAUGCGUCUGUGAAUGAAAGCGAACCUGUAACCGUCGGGGCUGCAACGAUACACAAAAUUCACCAUUCAGUUCCAUUCGAUACUUCAGUGUCAGGUUGUGUAUGUUUUCGAUCCUGAAAAACAGGAAUUUUCAUGCCUUUUUUAAAAUUUAUUCACAUGAUCAGCAUUUGUUUCAAGUCGGAAGUACGCUGUUUAAAUUAAAUGAGAUGUAUGCAGUGCAGCCAUACCAUACCCACAUUUUCUGCUGUGUAUAAUUACAACUUAUAACCAUAGAAAACAAAAACAGCACUUUUUACAAUUGAAUUCGACAUGGCAAUAAAGGUAAUUACUAGGGCUGUUAAAAAUAGCACGUUAACAGCAGCAACUAAUAUAUUUAAUUAAUUACGUUAAAUUUUUGUGCGUAAUUAACGCAUACGCAUCAUGGCAAGCCAUGGCUGUCUGUUAGGACGACAGACGGCGGGGCAGUGUAGCUCCCCACAGAGUCACACAGAGUCUGACGCUCUUUUAUAACUUUAUUCUGACCUGAACACAUCAACAGCAGUGCAAUUCCAACAGCAUAAUAUCUCCAACUCCAAACAGUCCAUUCGUCAUUGUAACGACACUUCCUCAUCGACACUAGACAGACCGCAAGAUUCAUUCACGGACGCUCCGAACAUCACAACCUUUUUAUUAUGUGUGAAUAGGUGGUCUAAAUAAACAGAAAGGCAAAGAAAAACGGUAAGUGGAUAUUCUUAUCACUCACUUUGUAACCCCUUAUGCGGAAGUACAAUUUGCUGCAUUCACGUACUGUAUGUAUGCUCGUAAAUCCCACAAAAUUCACUCAAAACAGGUGAAUUCAACUUAAAUGAUGUGGUGUAUUUGAACGCAACUCCUCUUUGCUCAUAAUAACACAGUUAAAGUCUGAUUAAAAUAUUCUGCUAUUAAAGAAACCAGCUUUAGGUAAAUAGAUUUUCAGAAAUAUGUGCCAUCUCUUAACUUGAUUUAAAUUUUAAGCUAAUUUGACACUGCUAAUACAUACAAAUAUAUACAGUGCGUAAUCCUGCCUUGUCAUUUAUCUUUCUUUCCAUAAAAUACAGUAAAAAUGGGCAUAUUUCAGACAUAGUGUGACAUGGUGAUAAUCAUGUUUCAUUAAUUUCAAAACAAUGAUUAAUCUGAUUAAAAACUUUAAUCAUUUGACAGCCCUAAUAAUUACACAUAAUUCUUCAGUGGUUCUGUGCAUAGAUUCAACAGUAUUUCAAUUUCACCACUACGUGCUUUGGAAUUUUCCGUCUUCAUUCUAUCGCUGUUUGUCUUAAUCAUAUUAAUUAAUAAAUCAUUGCUGUGGUCGAAUAGCACCUAUUGUUAGUCAAACAUCUGCACGUUAAAGCAAAUUUUGGGUGUUUUAAGGAAGCAUUUUCAAACAUAAUAAUGGCUAAAUCAAGUACAAUACAAAUAUAAGGCAUUCGGAAGACAUAUUCAAAGACGUUGUAAUGAUAUGUAGUGUUCUACACUGGUCACUAGGUGUCAAUAAUGUUACAUUGAUGAGACAAUAGCCACUACAGGAAGUACUCAGUAUGACUCUCCUGAUACUAACAUGUGUGAGUCUAUCUUAUGUCUUAUUUAGGUCUUAAAUGUCUUAUUUUCUCUUAUAAUGCCUACUAUAUUGGGUAAAAGGAGGGUAUGCUGACUAUAGGAGCAUUAAUUAAUGUCUAGAGGGCUCUAAUCAUGUUUAAAAAUAUAUUUAGAAGGUGGUAAACAGGUUUUCUAUGCUCUAACUACCAAAAUAUUUCAUUUAUAAAUAAGGAAUCCUGCUUUGUAAAAAUUCACUUAUCACGUUAAUUGAUUCGGGUCUGGAAUCAAUUAACCACCAGAAACAAAGGAUUACUGUACCGCUGAAGUCAAUGCAACACAUAAAAAAAUAAGGCGUAAAAAGAUUUUUUUCAAUUCAUCAUAGCAACAAUAACAAGUAAUUGUAGAAAAACACAUUUCCGCAAAGUUUAGGACGCAAAUGGCGUAAUUGACUUUUUUUAAGGUUUUGCGUGGGAUGCAAUGUGGACAUUUAUUGUACGUGCAGUCAAAUUUCGCGGCUUCACUCUAUCACGGUUUUUCAAAAUAUAUUAAAUAAUAAAUCAUGCGAUUUUGUGUUUGACUAUGGCCUAUUGCUUGUCAACAAAUAUGCAUAUUUAAGAAAAUGUUACGUAUUUUGACCUAACGUAAGCGUUUUCAACCAUGAAAAAGCUAAAUGAACUAAAAGAUAUGACACUGAAAGAGAUGUUGUAUUGUACACUAGUCACUAGGUGUCAGUAAUGUUACACUGAUAAGACAAUUGCCACCACAGCAAGUGCUGUAGAGAACAACAAGUAGGAACUCUCCCAAUGCUAAUACGUGUGAGUCUGUAUCAUGUCUUAUUUUCUCUUAUAAUGUCCGCCAUAUUGGGUAAUAGGAGUGUAAAGGUGACUAUAGGUAAUAAUUAGGGAUGCUCCAAUCAGGUUUUCAUGCUGCCGAUACCGCAUCACCCUAGUUUUACAAAAUGAAAAUGGCCAAGAGCUACUCAUUUACCUUAUUUCAACCCAAACAAAGAGAAUACUGUGUGCUUGUUUUACCAGAACGUUAACAAAAUGCUGGUAUCCACAUCACACACUUUCUUUCUAGUGUUCUCACAUUGUUAACUGAAACCCUGAAAGAAAAGCAGGCUUGCAGGCGCCUCAUGUGGUUGUGGCGGGCUCGCUAGUGACCGCAGGCACUUUGGAUAAGCGAGCAGGUUGAUGGCGCUCCAGCAGGAGUCAGGACCCCCAGGCAAUCCACCAUCCAGUCCGACGACUCCAACCACUUUUCGUGCUAUCCGCCUUAGACCUCCGGCUGCCACGCACACACGGGCUCAUGUCCCGCGUUUGGCUAAUUAGCCGCCGCUAAUGAUGACAUUGUGAGCCGCGAAAACUCACCACACCCUGCCAAGUGACCGCCCCCCAAAUGCCACACCAGACUAAAGCUUAUAAAGGCGCCAACGACACACAACGACAGGAAGUCCCACACGGCAGACAUGUUUGUUUUGGCUUUGUGAAGGGAAAGUCGGCGGGAGAUGGUCGCGAUAGGCUGGAUGCUGCAACGGGGGUGGAGGUGAUCAGGGAAGGUGAUUGCCGUUAAAAAGCAAGUAUCGAAGAAGAAGGUUAGAAGGUUGUCAACAGGUUUUCUACGCACAAACUACAAAAAUAUUCCAUUUAUAAAUAAGGAAUCCUACUUUGCGGAAAUUCACCAAUUAACCGCCAUAAACGAGGGGUUACGUGCAUGCAUCUUAGCCGCUGACUUAUUUGAUCAGAAAUUUGGAUAAUAAAGUCGAGAUGCAACGACAGGAGCCGCAGCGAAUCAGGAGGGGACUUUGAUGUCAGCUGACUGACACCGGGUGAUGUUUGUGACUUUUGGGUUGCAGUGUCUUUCCAUUCAUAGUGCACACCGAACAGAGAGCACUCUGUCGAACGGUUCAAUGCGGACACGUGUGUUGUUGCACCCCUAACCACGUGACUACACAACUUAAACCCACCGCACCCUCAAUGAGCGCUGCACGUGCACACACUCACCCGCUUUCUAUCCACGAGGCGAAGCCCAGCCAAUUAACCACACGAGUGACCUGGAUGGUUACAGGUAAACUAUCGUUCCAUUUUGAUUCAUCAGGGACCCGUAACCACGUGACUACAGCAAACCAAAUCAAUCACAAACGGCUCAUCCAGCCUAAAUCGGGCGAAAGCUGAGGAUGAUGCCCAACCAGCAGCACUACACACCUCCUGUGUUAUACUACGGUUUACAGAUCUUUUCCCCUCUUCUGACAUUCCGUGGAAAAUCUGUAUUACAUGUAGUAUGUGCUGCAGGUGUUUUUUUCCAGGUGAUUUACGGGUUUAUGCGCACAAUGACAAUAUUUGCUCAUGUAGUAUUAUAGUAUUGCUCGUCAUAUUGGUAAUGGUUUUGUUUAUUUAAAUGAUUUUUUUUCAACUCUCAAAUGCAGAUGUUGCCUUUUGA